CCUACUCCCUCGACGAGGUCGUCUACCUCUCCCAGUCCAGCGGCCUCCUCGACGUCUAGCACGACAUGGCCGCCCUCAAGAACUACGACGGCAAGUACUGGCGCGACCUCUUCGACUCCCGCGUCGGCAAAACCACCUGGCCCUACGGCUCCGGCGUCUGGUCCAAAAAGGAAUGGGUCCUCCCUGAGAUCGACAGCGACGACAUCAUCUCCGCCUUCGAAGGCAACUCCAACCUCUUCUGGGCCGAGCGCUACGGAAAAAAAGUCCUCGGCAUGAACGAGCUCUGGGUCAAGCACUGCGGCAUCAGCCACACCGGCUCCUUCAAGGACCUAGGCAUGACCGUCCUCGUCAGCCAGGUCAAUCGCCUCCUCAAAAUGAACCGCCCCGUCGUCGGCGUCGGAUGCGCCUCCACCGGCGACACCUCCGCCACCUUGUCCUCCUACUGCGCCUCCGCCGGGAUCCCCUCCAUUGUGUUUCUGCCGGCGAAUAAGAUCUCGAUGGCCCAGCCCAUCGCAAACGGGGCUUUUGUGCUGAGCAUUGACACCGAUUUCGAUGGCUGUAUGAGCUGGGUUUGUAGAGGAAGUCUGAUUGGAGGGAACUAG